AUGUCCUUCUUCGGCUUCGAGCAAAGCAACGACCUCGAGAAUGAAAAACGCAAAUUCCUCGAACGCGGAUUGUCAGGCGCAAACCAAGAAGACGUAGCGGUUUACACAUGGGGGGAGGAGAGCUAUGACGGUCUCGGAGAAGCACUACAAGAGGGUGGUGACGAGCUCAACGAUGAGACGUUUGGUGCUACGGGAGACAUAGGCAAGGACUUCGAUUUCUCCGGGACCGCUCUCCCAGAGCAUGAACAGCCCACUCCAUCGCACGCCGCCCAUUUACAUGCUGAGCCACCACAACGACAACUCUCCCAGACCCCACAGAAGGCGCAAACUCCGUCCCACGUCGAAUCUUCGCACUCUUCCCAGCUGGAUGCAAUCUGGGGCAACAAAUCACCAUUUUCUGUUCUCCCUCGUAGCAAUGGCUCCAAUAGGGUGCACGACAAUCUCGCCACGCAACCAUCGAAGUUUGCCUCAACGGUUGCUCAGGCGAGUCCCGUGAACAGACCUCCCAGUCUUAAUCUUGGUCCAGAUCUGCACCAGGGAGUUCAUACGCUCGAAGAGAUCGAGAGGGAGAUGCGUGCCGCUGCGCAGGCUCAACAUCGCCAACAACAAACCCAGCUAGCAGAGCAGCAAGCCCCGCAGAGCCAGCAGCAAGCUCAGCUCCAACUCCAGCAGCAGAUGUUGCAGCAACAGCACACCAUUCAGGUUCACGGUACCCAUGGCUUGUUGCAGUCUCCUUCCCGAACACAGGUGCAACGUCCACCCACCGUCGGCCCUGCAGGGGCCGCGGCUGUCGGAAUCCAGCAUGCCGCUGCAACGCCCCCGCCUCGCAUGCACCCACACUCUCAGUCUCCACGCUUCCAUCAGCAACAGCAACAACACCAGAUCCAUCUCCUCCAGUUGCAACAACAGCAGCAGCAGCGUCAGCUCCUCGAGCUCCAGGAACAGCGCGAGCGGCAUGAACGUCAACAGCUUCUCGAACUCCAAGAGCAGCUGAAGCUCGAGGAACUCGAGAGGCAACAGCGGCAGCUCCGGAUGCAACAGCAACAGAUGGCGAGCGCGAAUGAGCUUCUCCACAACCAACUCCUCCAACAGCGCGGUAUCAGCCCAUCGGUGUCCGACCGUGGACGCCGCGGUGGUGUUGGUCGACAGUCGCCUGCAAUAAUGAAUCCUCCUAUUCCGAUCGAAGUUCCAUUUGCUCAGAACAUGCAGUACCUGCCGCAGAACAUCCAGAUGCAACAGCGUCUCCUCGCCGAGAUGGCGCAGGCCGAGUUCCUCAGCACUAUGCAAGGUCCCGGCAUCUCUGAGCGCGAUGCGAGGGAGGCCCGGGAGUUGCAGGAGAUGCUUCGGGUGGAGGCUAUGCGCAAGAUCAUGGAGGCGGAGCGCAUGGAGGAAAAGCGUAAGCGCAAAUUAGACAAGAUCGCUCACAUGUCCCGUUACAACGACCUCAUGACGCAGUCGGACAAGGAUUUCAUCACCCGUAUCCAAGUGUCGCAGCUCGUCACGCAGGAUCCUUACGCGGACGACUUUUACGCUCAAGUAUAUGGCGCCAUUCUUCGCUCGCGCAUGGGUAUUGCGACAUCUGAGGACCGCGUGCUGCGGUUUGGCUCAGGCGGCGGUGUCGGUCUUGGCCUUGGGCAGAAAAUCCCUGCGGGCCGUCGUCAAAGCGCCUUGCAGCGAAUGGAGGCGCAGGUCGAGCGUAUCGUCAGCAACGCGCGAUUGCGGGAGAAGGAGAAGGCUUCGCUCAACAGCCUCCAGGGCGCGCUUGGCAGGACAUCCGGCCGCAGUUACAAGGCUGCUCCGCGGCAGUUGCUCCAAGUCGACGCUUCAAACGCCUCUACAUCCCCGACGACUUCGCACGCGACUGCGGCGCACAUCUCGAAACAGGAUGUGUCGGUGGAUGGCGAAGGUGCUGCUCGCGAGGCUGCGAAGAUGGGCCGUGAGGCUCUUGCGACUGCGACUGACGGUCUCGUUCGCAAGGACCCGUUGACCCAUAGGGAAUCUCUGGUCAUUCUCGAACAGCUUUACGACCUUGUUCUUGACAUUGAACAGCGCCGACGUGAUCAGCCCCCGCCGGAGGAGGUAGAGGCCUUUGAGGAGUGGACCAUCCAGUGCGAAUCUCUCAUCGACCAGCUGUUUGAGAAACUCAAGGUCUCUGUUCCGCUGGAGACGAGUAAUCCACAUCCCUUCGUGUCCCUCAUCACUCCCAUUAAGGGCAAGAAGAUCCUCCCGCGUGUUGCGCGCCUCUUUGACAACACGCGCAUGCAAAUCCUGCUCACACUGAUCGUCGCGUGCUUCUCUCAGCUCGACGUCGUCCAGUCGGCACCGCGCUUGGACACCUUGGAGGAGACACAAGAGAUUAAAGAUCUAGAGACCCAGACACAGGCGUUCUUGAGCAGUGUCGUUCAAAGUAUCCUGCCCGUCAUUGGGCGGGCCCAAAUGAGGCUAGUCACUGGGUUGUUUGGUAUCUUGCUGGAAAGCAACGCCGUCGCGAUUGCCAGGACAAGAUUGUUUGCGCAGCCCGGGAUCGCGUUGCUUACUCUCUUCCUAAGUCGGGUGGAGAUCCUUCGGCAUGCUGCGCAAAGCGGUUCCGAUGUCGAAGAACCGCCAACUGCAGAAGAGAUGCAAAGCUGGCAAAUGAUGUACAACCUCCUGUUCGACCUUCUCCGACCACAGCUACACCUUCUCUUCCCCUCCGUCCGCCUCAGCCUCCUUGCCGGCGUCAGCUUCACCAGCAUCCCGAACGCGGACGUCAUUGACCAGCCCGUCUGGCAGUUCCUGUCCACACUCGCGUUGCACGCCAAUGAGGAACAGCAACAGGCGCUCGUCACGGGCCUGCGCGAGAUUGUGCUCGAGAAUGUGGCGAGUGCGACGAAGGGCUACACAGAUGGCGAGGAGAGCCGGCGCUUGCGUCUCGCUAAUGUGAACAUCUUCCUGCACGCCCUCGGGUUAGAUGCCUCCCAGAUCAACUUGUAG